GCGGCAUGAGCUCAUGAGUUUUUGUUUUAGUUAUCUAUGAUUCAUCAUUUAGAUUGAUAAGACCCCUUGUAAAAUCCAGUUUUUUGGUUUUUGUUUCUGCUGCAGGAAUCAGAACAAAAUUCACUUUCUAGAUAACAUCAAAGGUUAAACUUUGUGCAUAGGCAUUUUUUUCAAGGAUAUGCAGCCUCAGGACUGUUAAUGUUAACUUUUUCUGCACAGGAAUUUGGAGGACUUUGUUAUGGCAGGUGCUGUACUCCCACUUUACAAACAAACAUUGGGGCAGCCCAGGCAGCACACCUUUCUGGAUUUGCCAAAAAUACACAUUUUCCUAUUCUACUGUUGCUUUACCACAUGGUUCAGUUGUAGCCUCAGAAUUACUUUAUAGAAGAAGCUGAGUGUAGAAAGAGAGUAUGAGGUCUGAUGGUCAUGGAAUACUUGAGUCCACAGCAUCAUGGGAACUUCUUGGGAAUAGAGUAUAGGCUCCCAGUGCUGUUAGUCUUACCCAUCCUCCUCUAUACAUGUGAGAUGUUUCAGGAUUCAGUGGCCUUUGAGGAUGUGGCUGUGACCUUCACCCAAGAGGAAUGGGCUUUGCUGGAUCCUUCCCAGAAAACUCUCUAUAGAGAUGUCAUGCAAGAAACCUUCAGGAACCUGGCCUCUGUAGGGAAAAAAUGGAAAGCCCAGAACAUAUAUGUAGAGUAUGAAAAUCUAAAGAGAAACCUAAGAAUUUUUGUGGGAGAGAGACUCUUUGAAAGUAAAGAAGGUCAUCAGCAUGCAGAAAUUUUGACCCUGGUUCCAGAUGACAUGCUGAAGAAGAAAACAACUACUGGAGUAAAAUCAUGCAAAAGCAGUGUGUAUGGAAAAGUAGGCAGUGCUCAUUCAUCUCUUAAUAGGCACAUCAGAGAUAACACUGGACACAAGGCAUAUGAGUAUCAAGAAUAUGGACAGAAACCAUACAAAUGUAAAUACUGUAAAAAACCUUUCAACUGUCUCUCCUCUGUUCAGACACAUGAAAGGGCUCAUAGUGGAAGGAAACUCUAUGUUUGUGAGGAAUGCAGAAAAACAUUUAUUUCCCAUUCAAGCCUUCAAAGACACAUGAUAAUGCACAGUAGAGAUGGGCCUUAUAAGUGUAAAUUUUGUGGGAAAGCCUUGAUGUUUCUCAGUUUGUAUCUUAUCCACAAACGAACUCACACUGGAGAGAAACCAUAUGAAUGUAAACAGUGUGGGAAAGCCUUUAGUCAUUCUAGUAGCCUUCGAAUACAUGAAAGAACUCACACCGGGGAGAAGCCUUAUGAAUGCAGUGAAUGUGGUAAGGCAUUCCACAGUUCCACAUGCCUCCAUGCACAUAAAAGAACUCACACUGGGGAGAAGCCAUAUGAAUGUAAACAGUGUGGGAAAGCCUUCAGCUCUUUCCAUUCCUUUCAAAUACAUGAAAGAACUCACACUGGGGAGAAGCCAUAUGAAUGUAAGGAAUGUGGAAAAGCCUUCAAGUGUCCCAGUUCUGUUCGUAGACACGAAAGAACCCAUUCUAGGAAAAAACCAUAUGAAUGUAAACAUUGUGGGAAAGUAUUAUCUUAUCUUACCAGCUUUCAGAACCACCUGGGAAUGCACACUGGAGAGAUAUCUCAUAAAUGUAAGAUAUGUGGCAAAGCCUUUUAUUCUCCCAGUUCACUUCAAACACAUGAAAAAACGCACACUGGAGAGAAACCAUACAAAUGCAACCAAUGUGGUAAAGCCUUUAAUUCUUCCAGUUCCUUUCGAUAUCAUGAAAGGACUCACACUGGAGAGAAACCUUAUGAGUGUAAGCAAUGUGGGAAAGCCUUCAGAUCUGCCUCACUCCUUCAAACGCAUGGUAGGACUCACACAGGAGAGAAACCCUAUGCAUGUAAGGAAUGUGGAAAACCAUUUAGUAAUUUCUCUUUCUUUCAAAUACAUGAAAGGAUGCACAGAGAAGAGAAGCCCUAUGAAUGUAAGGGUUACGGGAAAGCAUUCAGUUUGCCCAGUUUAUUUCAUAGACAUGAAAGGACUUACACUGGAAGGAAAACCUAUGAAUGCAAGCAGUGUGGCAGAUCCUUCAAUUGUUCGAGUUCCUUUCGAUAUCAUGGAAGGACUCACACUGGAGAGAAACCCUAUGAAUGCAAGCAAUGUGGAAAAGCCUUCAGAUCUGCCUCACAGCUUCAAAUUCACGGAAGGACUCACACUGGAGAGAAACCUUAUGAAUGUAAGCAGUGUGGGAAAGUCUUUGGAUCUGCCUCACACCUUCAAAUGCAUGGAAGGACUCACACUGGAGAGAAACCCUAUGAAUGUAAGCAGUGUGGGAAAUCUUUUGGAUGUGCCUCGCGACUUCAAAUGCAUGGAAGGACUCACACUGGAGAGAAACCGUAUAAAUGUAAGCAAUGUGGGAAAGCUUUUGGAUGUCCCUCAAACCUUCGAAGGCAUGGAAGGACUCACACUGGAGAGAAACCCUAUAAAUGUAAGCAAUGUGGGAAAGUCUUUAGAUGUUCUUCACAACUUCAAGUGCACAGAAGGACUCACUGCAUAGGCACCCCAUAACCCCAGGCUUUAGGAGGCUGAGGUGGGAGGACUGCUUAAGCCCAGGAGUUCAAGACCAGCCUGGGCAACAUGGUGAGACUCUAUCAUAAAAAAUAGAUAAAUAAAAAGACUUCCA